AUGCCCGGUACGUGCGCAGUGCCGGCGCGGGUGGUCGUCAUGGCGGCUCGGUGCGUGAGGUUGGUGCGGCGCAGCCUCCCAGCUUUGGCGUUGUCUCUGAGGCCCGCCCCUCGGCUGCUGUGCACAGCUGCAAAGCAGAAGAACAGCGGCCAGAACUUGGAAGAGGACGCGGGUCAGAACGAACAGAAGACAGAUGCUCCCUCUGCGGAGAAGAUGCUUGUGGAGGAGAAGAUCAAGUUAGAAGAGCAGCUGAAGGACACUAUGGAAAAAUAUAAGCGAGCUUUGGCAGACACCGAGAACUUGCGGCAGAGGACCCAAAAGUUGGUGGAGGAGGCGAAACUAUACGGCAUCCAGAGCUUCUGCAAGGACUUGGUAGAGGUAGCGGACAUUUUGGAGAAGGCGACACAGUGUGUUCCCAAAGAAGAGGUUACAGAUGACAACCCUCACCUGAAGAGCCUGUACGAGGGGCUCGUUAUGACCGAGGUCCAGAUCCAGAAGGUGUUCACAAAGCAUGGGCUACUCAGGCUGGACCCUGUGGGAGCCAAGUUCGACCCCUACGAGCACGAGGCCUUGUUCCACACACCGGUGGAGGGCAAGGAGCCGGGCACAGUGGCGCUGGUUAGCAAAGUGGGCUACAAGCUGCACGGGCGCACCCUGCGGCCUGCCCUGGUGGGGGUGGUGAAGGAAGCGUAGCUUCCCUUGGGGCUUGGGUGGGUUUGGGUGGCCAUUGCUGUCACUUACGAGGCUGGUUCAUCUAAUCUCAUCUAUGAAUACGCCUACCUUCCCCAAACCUCGUUGGAAAGCUUUAGUAACCAGCGGCCACAGAAAAUUAGGCCGGCUGCACAGCUGCGUUACUGGACUCUAAUUUGGGAGCCUGUUUGUUGAUUCUCAAUACACAUUUAAUAUUUCACAUGCUUACAGAACAGGCCAAUGGGACACCACUGGGCCCUAGACUAUCAUGAAUAACGCUACAUCUGCCCAAAGUCUGAUGACUCCGACGUAUUCUCAAUGAAUAAAAGGUCUUCGGGAACCGUGCUGUCUGGCUGUGGGCCGUGCGGGCUGCCCUGUGCGCCUUGUGCUUCUCACUAGCGCGAGCUCGGGGGUCCUCAGCCCUCUGCACUUCGCUCAGUGAUGGGAAGGCAGGACUUGAACCUUUGUUCUUGCUCAAAAGUGUCCUUGGUGAACACAGGCGAGUUCGGCUGGGAUUACCAUCUAGCUGCUAAGCAUGAUGGGCCUGCGGCUGUCCUUGGCGGUGUGAAAGAGCACACGUACCCUAACGGCCCUACCCUAACGGCUCUCACCCUAUUUUGCCAAUAACAAAAUCUGACAAAAACCAGUUCCUUUUGCCCUGUUUUGUUCACCUAUUUUAUGGGAAUGUUUGAAUCUUACAUUCAGCUAGGUCCUGAUAACCUGAAGCUGUGCUCCCCAGUAAGAUGGUCUUUUUCAAAAUCUGAGGACUGCAUGCUUGGUAAAAGUGAAAUAUUAAUGUUUAGUUUUUAAAUUUUAUUUAAGAGGAUUAAAUCCCGAAUGUUUAUUAGUUUCUUACUUUCGGAUAACUUUUUGUUACCUCGGUGGAGAGCCUAAGGAAAGCGUGCAUUCGCUUCCAGUUCUGCUCAAAUCAGGGGGUUGUGUACUUGCCACGUACACGCAGUCACUUGGUAGCUUCCGUCUCGUGCACCGCAGGCUGGCGUGGGACUGGCCUGCUCCUGGCCUGCUCGGGGUGGACGUGUCUGCCUCAGGACUGCUGGGGACCGCCAACACUCAGGAGCUGCGGCAAGGACAGUCUGCAGAAGCUGGCCCAUGACUUGCCAUAGGACCCGCCAUAUCUGUUGUAAACAAAAAGUCACCCCCAGUGCCUUUGCUUCUCAGGGGUGCUUCUAGGAUUGAAAGUCAAUACUGUUAAACCCAUUACUACAUAAGAAAUACAGGGAGGUCAUUUUACUUUGCUUAUAAUUUUGAAAGAUGUAAUAUUCCCAUUAUUAAAAUUUCAGUUUAGUCCUGGCCGGUUUGGUUCAGUGGUUGGAGCGUCGGUCUGGGGAACAGAGUCCCGGGUUCGG